AUGGUGUAUGUUGUUGAGUUCCAAAAACGAGGAUUACCACAUGCUCAUUUCUUGAUCAUCUUGAAAUCAGAUUGGAAGCUGAAAUGUCCUGUUGAUUAUGAUAAAUAUGUGUGUGCUGAAAUACCUCCUGUUAGCAAUAGUAACUUGCGACGGACAUUUUCAAACGACACAUCUAAUAACAAAGAUGGCUAUCCCAUCUAUCAACGACGUGAUACUGGGGAACAAGUAAAGAUCCGUAACACAUACCUUGAUAAUCAGUGGGUUAUCCCGUACAAUCCUUAUCUUUCUUCAUUGUUUGAUUGCCACUUGAAUGUUGAGGUUUGUUCCACAAUUAAAGCAGUGAAAUACCUAUACACAUAUGUAUACAAGGGGCAUGAUAAGGUUUCAUUCAAUAUAGUACCUGGUGAGUCCGACUGUGUUGAUGAAAUAAAACAGUUCCAGUCAGGUAGAUGGGUUUCCCCUUGUGAAGCAGCGUGGAGAAUAUUUAGUUUUGAUCUGUUUGAAAUGCAUCCUCCCGUUCUUCCUCUACAGGUUCAUUUUCCUAAUGAACAAACUGUCCAUUUACAUCCUCAUGAAAGACUACGUGCUGUUGUUGCUAAUUCUAAACGUUCUCGUACUCAAUUGACUGAAUUUUUUGCAGUCAAUGCAGCUGUUGAAGGUGGUACAGGCUACUUAUAUGGUGAAUUUUGUGAGCAUUAUAGAUGGGACGCAGGUACUAAGCAAUGGAAAGAAAGAGUGUUAGAUCUAUUUUCUGUUGGGUGUUUGGCAUUUGUGUAUCCUGCAGAAGGGGAACGCUUUUUCUUACGACUGUUAUUGCUUAAUGUCAGAAGUCCAACUUCAUUUGAAGGGCUUCGAACUGUUAAUGGUCAUGUGUAUCCAACUUUUUAUGAUGCGGCAUUGAAGUUGGGACUAAUAGAAAAUGAUAAUGUUGCGGACUUAACAUUGUGUGAAGCUUCAGAGGUCCAGAUGCCUGAUGCUUUACGCCGUUUAUUUGCAACAAUACUUAUUUUCUGUCAAACGGCUGAUCCGCCUGUCUUGUGGAAGAAAUUCUACCCUUUUUUGUCUGAGGAUUUCAGGUAUAAAUACGCGAACAAUGACUUUAGGAUUCAGCAUUUGACUGUUCGUUCUGUUGAGGGGUACCUUGAAGCUAUGGGGAAAUCGUUGUCAGCUUUUGGAUUGGAUCAUUUAAUUGCUCAUGUUGAUGCUGAGAUCAGAAGAACAAAGGAUAUUGUGGAUGCUCUUGAUGCUCCUAUUCCACCAGAAAUUCUUACAUGUCGUUCUAGAUUGAACCAUGAACAAAAUGCUGCCUUCUCAUGUAUCAUGCAAUAUGUAAUGGAUGGGAAACUAGGUGCUUUUUUCAUAGAUGGCCCGGGAGGAACUGGGAAAACAUUUUUAUACAAUGCAUUGUAUGCAGAGCUUAGACUAAUGAACAAGAUUGUGUUGCCGACAGCAACAUCAGGUAUUGCUGCAUCGAACAUACCUUCGGGACGUACAGCUCAUUCAAGGUUUAAAAUCCCACUUGAUAGUGAUGCUUCUCUGGCAUGUGCUGUUCCUAAACAGGGUAGUUUAGCAGCAUUACUUAGGGAAACAUCACUGAUAAUAUGGGACGAGGCUUCAAUGGAUAAGAAACAGAAUAUUGAGUCUUUGGAUUUACUAUUGUAG